AUGCCGACAUCGAUAUGGGCCCUUGUUGAGUUUAUAAUAGAUAUCUUUUUCUUUUGGGUUAAAAGUAUGGUGUUUUUAUAUAGAAAGAGUGACCCACUCAAGGAGCUCUCCAAGGAGUUAAGAAGAGCCGAGAACUAUGAACAAUGGAAGUCAAUAACUGAGCAAAUAGAUCUGCUUACGGGAGUGGAAUUAUGGAGACAAAAUUUCCUUUCCAAACAUUAUGAUUUUGUUUUAGUCAAUGAAAGAAUCCGAUUACUAGAAGGAGCUCGAGAAGCAGGUAAUCAAAGCUUGAUAAUGCUGCUUCUUCGAUCUGGACUUAUACGGAAUUUCGGGGGUAUUGCACAGAAACGAUUAUAUACCAAAGCUUAUGCUGGUACCAAGUUCAUGAUUGAAGAGUAUGUCACUGAAGUAUUGAACUGUUUGAACUAUUUGAAUGAGACUAAUGAUGAGUAUAUAAUGAAUAGUAGACAACUCAAACUUGAUUUCUUUCAUGAUACAAGACAAUCGUUUGGGUCUACGGCCUUAGUGCUUCAAGGAGGGUCCUUAUUUGGCUUAUGUCAUAUUGGAGUAGUCAAGGGCCUUUACUUUGAAGGGUUGCUUCCUCGGAUCAUCAGUGGUAGUGCAGUGGGUGCAGCUGUGGCUUCAUUGGUAUGUACUUUAAAAGAUGAUGAUUUAAUCGAAGUACUUACCAAUGUUACCAAUGUCAUGAAGGGUAUUGAUCAACUUAAUCAUGAUGUGGAUGAACGAUUUGGUAAUGUGAUUGAGAAUGUGGUUCGUAAAGGUUACUCUCAGGAUAUUUUGAUCUUUUUGAAGUUUGUUCGUGAUACCAUAGGAGACUUGACAUUUGAAGAAGCUUAUUUAAAAACAGAAAAGAUUUUAAACAUAGUGGUACAUCCAACACAUCAAUCAGUUCCAAAUCUAUUAAAUUAUAUCACUGCUCCUAACGUCAUAAUUUGGACAGCCAUCUAUGCCUCGAUUGGGACUGGCGUACUCAGUGACAAUGUUCAGUUAUACGUCAAGAACUUCGAUAAUGAAGUGGUUCGAAAGUCUCCAGAUAUUGAAGUGUUGUACAUGAAACCCCAAGAUGUCAAGUAUCAACGAACCUACUUUUCAGAGACCAAGCACAAGAAGAAUGCAGCUGAUGGUGGUGGAGGUGAAGGCAGUGGUGAUGAUGGAGUGGAAGUUGUAUUCACUAAUGCCCAAUAUCUCAACCAAGAAGGUUCACCCUAUACUAGAAUGACAGAAGUAUUUAAUGUGAACCAUUUCAUUAUAAGUUUGGCCAGACCUUACCUAGCACCAUUGCUAAGCAAUUUGAGACAUGAUGAUGCUUAUCGUCUACCUAAACUGUUGGCAAAACUGUCAAAACUCAGCAGCAUGUCCCAUGGAAAUCUUGCCAAUUAUGCCAAAGCUGCAAAUCUGUCUGCUACCACAAAUGGAAAUACCCCAUUAGUAAUUCCUACAGCUGGUUUAUUCACCCAUUUCUUCCGUCGAAUGAGGUUCCUAGUAGGGAUGGAGAUCACUCAUAGGUUGAAUGUCAUGAAUAAGUUGGGGUUGUUAACUGACAUCAUCAAACGUCUUUGUAUUGAUGAACGCCCCACUAUCCAGCAUGGAAUUAGAGAAAUAACCAUAGUACCUGAACUUGGGUACCUUAUUAAGGACUUUUCCCGUGUUUUUGAUGUACACAAGUCCAUUGAAAACAUACCUUAUUGGAUCUUGGUUGGUGAAAAGUCUGUAUGGCCCUUAUUUCCUUUAUUAUACACUAGAUGUGCCAUUGAAUUUGCUCUAGACGAUUUAUACAACAUGCACAGAAAGAAGUCUUAA